AUGUAUUAUUUAUGUGUUAUACUAUUAUCUGUGGCAUAUGCAUUGCCCACAGAUAAAGCGGAGCCCAUAGAGACGGCCGCUAGGGCUAUGGGCAAGGAUUGUUCCAAUGGAAUCUUCAGUCCGACCUGUUUGAAAAUCGAAGCGAUAUCGCUUCUAGAAAAACUGAACUCCAGAGAAGAACUCCAACUUUUACCUGGAGUAAGUGUAGUAAAGGAAGAGAAAGAAAAUGGCAGCAAAGCCGAUGAAUUUGCAGCGGAGUUAGCAAGGGCUCUACCCUCGAAACCUGAUGAAAGACUGGACAAAUUCCUACUUUAUAGAUUAGGCAGUUACUUGGAUAACCAUUCUGUUAAGCUUAGGUUAUUAGAUGAUGGAGUUACUGAAGAUGCAAGGGCUUUGAUAAGCGAAGGAAGGGGUAAAGGUGGUGGCUUUGGAGGUGGGAAGAAAGGUGGAAUGGGGGGUUUGAUGGCAGCUGGGCUGAUGAUGAAAGGUACUCUAAUGUCUAUGGGCAUGGGCGCAUUAGCUCUCCUAGCGGGAAAAGCGCUCAUGACAGCACUCAUGUCUCUCGUCCUAUCCGCAGUGAUCGGCUUAAAAUCUUUAACAUCCGGUGGGAAGUCGACCACUUACGAAAUUGUGUCUAAACCGAUAUAUUCCCACACUCACUCCCAUUCUACAGCACAUGAAGAUGUAGGGGGAUACGGACAUUCUGGUUAUGGGAGAAGUAUAAAUUCGAGAAGAUAA